AUCACAGCUACACUAUGUAGCAUAAUGCUCAGAUAGAAAACUAGCAUUUAUGCUAGCUCUGAGGCAAACUGUAUAUGGAUGCCCCCUCCCUCCCCUCUCUGUCUCUCUACCAUAGUCUCCUAGCAUCAUAUUUUCCUCCGUCUUCUCCUGAGUCAUUGUGUUGCACCGGUGGCGCUCUCCUGUGUGGUUUUCAGCGGGUUUCUGGCACCUGUGAGGUCGCUCUGGUGAACAUAUUCGACGACCUUUGAGAUGACUGAAGUGGCUGCAAGCCGCCCUGAGAUGACAGCGCUGGCCCCUCCUCCUGCACCGCUGAUCACCAAUAGGAAUGCAUCUCCUGCUCGAUCACCAACCAGUCACAGAAGCCCUCCAGGCUCCCGGCUGAAUUUAGCAAAAGAGCGACGGGAGGACAGAGAGAAGACACAAGAGAUGUCGGAGGUGCUGCAGGAAAAGGAGCGCCGUGUGCAGCAGCAGCUGGGGCGCUGCGCCGAGGAGCGAGGGAGGAAGAUGGAGGAGCAGAGGAGGAAGGAGCAGCAGCGCAGGGCAGCAGCCGAGGAGAAGAGACGGCAGCAGCAAGAGGCAGAGAAGGAGAGGCUGGAGGCCCUGGUCCGCCGGAGAAAUGGAGGCGCCGAGAGACGAGGAGGAGGUGGUGGAGGAGGAGGGUGGGAGGCCCGGGACCACCUGGAUAACAGGCCUAAACGCUGGACAUGGGGAGGACCGCCUGAUGGAGUGGAGGGUAACCCUAAGACCCCGCCCUGCCAUGCCAUUGGCUCCGCUCAGCCCAAUGAGCUUCCUGCUGCUUCCAGUGCCAGCCAAUCCCGUAACGUCGUUGACUUCCUGUCUCCACCCGGGAUGGAUCAGCCAAUUAACAAACAGCUCUCCAACUCUUCAGCCGCCCUCCAUUCACCAGAGAGAGCUUCCCCCAACAACCACAGACCGUACAGAAGUUCCUCCAACCGCAGGAGCGUCACUGGACUCCCUGAAGAGGCGUCCAGAGCCAAAACGCCCACGGGGGAGUCUCCAAACACACCGGCCCGUAGUUCUUCCUUCAGGGCCAACAGCAAGGGCCCCGCCACACCGAAACGGGUGAGGUCGACCAGGAGUCGCGCCCAGUCGCCCUGUUCCCCUGGACAGUACCCCCCCUCCCCACUCCGGCAGAGGGCCACCACCCCCGGCGCAGACGACAGGGGUCACGCUGAGGUCAAAGGUAACAGCACCCUGGAGAGGAAAUCAACCAAAUCUGAGACCUCUGAGAAGAAGAUGCCCAAAUCUACCAGCAAAGAGCUGACCGCAGAGUCUCCGGGCACGCCCACAGGCAGGAGUGUUGGUGGGACGACGGAUGCCGAGGAGGCGUCCAGACUGCUGGCAGAGAGACGACGUCUGGCCCGAAUACAGAAGGAGCAGGAGGAGAGACAACGGCAGGAGGAGGAGAGGCUGAGGGCUGAGGAGGAGCAGAGGAGGCAGCAGGAGGCGAGAGAGAGACAGGAGAGAGCUGCACUGCAGGCCGAAGAGGAGCGAGUGAGGCGGGAGGAGGAGAGGAGGAACAGGGAGGACGAAGAAAGGCGACAGAAGGAGCAGAGAUGGAAGGACAUGCAGGAUCAGCUGGACAGAGAGAGGGAGGAGGCCUUCCUGCGAGCCCAGAAAGAGGCAGAGAGGAAGAGACAGGAAAGAGAGCUGCUGCACAUCCAGGAGGAGCAGGAGAGACUGCAGAGGAAGAAGAGAAUUGAGGAGAUUAUGAAGAGAACAAGGAAGAGUGAAGUGGAGCCUCUGUCUGGUGCUGCAGCGUCUGACAUGAGUGCAGAGGCUGCAGUUGCCUUGGAGGAGGACGCCCCAACUCCAGCUGAAGCCCCCGUCAUCACUCUCGGACCCCUGGAGAAUAAGAGCUGUGUGGACGAGCUGUCUGACGGAGUGCAGUCCAUGGACGUCAGUUCUCCAUCUGUCUCCAUCAGUCCAGUGUCCAGGGAGGAGCAGGUGAGCGCUCAGGAGUUUUCACCGGUCACAGAGGGGACAGACGGCUGCCCCCUGGAGCACCUGAUGGACCUCGACCCCCACGGGCGAGGACAGCGUCAGGGUGCAGAAACACCCCCUUACCCCAAGCUGCAGGCCGGCAGCGGGGUCGGAGACCUCAACAAGAACCUGCUGAUUCAGGCGUACAACGCCGCCUCUGAAUCCUCCCAGCUCAUCCACAGCAUCGGCCCGAGCAAACUGGACGUCCAGUAGCCAGGACCUUUCGCUGGAGCUGGCAGGUUCGGUAGAAACAGGAGCCGAGAGAAACAGACCAAGAGACCGUCACCUCUGUCUGCAACAACAACAAUCAUCAUUUCCGCAAGGAACAAAUGCUGAACAACUAAUUUCACAUCUGUAUUACCAAACUCAUAACACAGUAAAGCUUCUGGACACAUUUUGAGGCAGUGCAAAUGGGCAAUUUUGACUCUCACAAACACAACAUAGUUUGACAAACUCAUGCAAAUAAUGCGAAGUAUAUUUAUGACAUGGUUAUGUGACAGAGAAGGAAGUGGGUUCAGCGUUGUUGCAUGUUUGUCAUAUGAAAAAGUUACGCCCAGGACUGUGGACUUAAGAUCAUGGUUUUUAUUCAUCUAAAACUAAGGCUUGCUGAAAACUAAAACUUUGUUCAUGUUAUAAAACUUACUACAUAGGCAUGAGCUGCAGGUGGAACUAGUUCAAGGCCUGCCUUUUCAUUUACAGAUUACAUAUUUUUUGCAUUUAAGACAUCUCACAAAAUUCCCUGACACUGGACUGCAUCUUUUCAUGACCUUUGUGUUCCUAACAACUCUCUGAAAUAAGUACAUCUCCUCUACAGCUGCUCCUGUCGAAGCCAGCAUUGCCCAGCUGCGCUGCCACAAAAUAUCACUCGAGUAUCAUCCGCUUCAAUCUCUCAUUCCUGCUUUUGUAAAACUCUGUAAAUAGAUCAGACUGGGUGGAGGAGUCUGUCAUCAUAGGGGGCAGGGAGCGGCUCUGUAGCAGUUUAUCUGAAGGGAAGCCGUAAAACAGACGCUGUUGUGUGAAUCCUGUGUAGCAUCUUCAGUGAGGACUAGCUAGUUGAGCUGUUUAUGGUUGUAGGUGUGUAUUUGAACAGUGUGUGGGAGCUUCUCUCUUUCUGUCAGUGUUUCUGAUGGUUCCUGUGUGUUUAUCUCACCUCUGACCUGCUCUACUGCUGACAGCGACUCCUACUUCAAUAAAACCCAGUCUGCUGUAGAUUCCCUGUCAUCCUGACGCGGGAGAAAACCAUCAACAACUGAUAUUAUAACCCCGCUGUUGACCCAUAACGCGUAGCGUCUAGCUUUGGUUAUUCUGCUGCUCGUCACUUGAUCGUUGGACGUUUUGUGGAGGUGCAACAAUCCACAGCAAUAUGAAGAAAACCUGGGAGGAAAAAGGGGCGGGGGAAAAAAAUAUGUCAAAUGUCCUGUAUUUUUAUCUGCAGGUCAGGAAAAUAAUGACACAGUGUGUUGUGUAUUUGUCUGGCACUGACUGUAACCACGCUAGCUGCAGUUUAUAGUGUGCACUUACAGUAGUUGUGUGUUUCACUGCUCUGAAGACGCUUGUAUCUCCACCUCAGCUCAUUCCCCCAACUAAAAUAUACCUCACCAAUUCAGAACAGACUCUGGUGUUAAACAGCGCUCACCACCUCGCAGCUCAUCACCUCUGAGGCCUUAAACCUCUGUGCAGUCGACAUCUUCCCUUAAAAUAACCCGUCCUCUGUGCUUUGCCUUCAGGCUGUGUUUCAUCCAGCAUGUGCACUUUUGCUGUUUAAAGGCCCUUUUCCACUGAAAGAUCCUGGAAGUAGAGAAACAAGAACUACACAUACUCCUUGAGCAAGUCUGUUUGAUUUUCAGCUGCACCUGAAAAAUGGCAAUUAUGUGAAAGCAAGGUUGGUUUACCAGCAGGGCAAAGCAUGCAACUGCCCCAGGGCCCAAUCUGUUUAUUUAUUUAAUUAUAUUCUUUUGUAGAUUUGAUCUCCCUACAUUAUGUCUGGUGCCAGGUAUGUCAUUCUGGUGAAGAAUACUAAAUUUCUUCAGUUUUUUUGACCAGCCACCAACCAAACUCUGUACAAUUUUCUGAGCAUUUAAAGAAAAUCACACUCUAGAUAUUCAACUGUUCAAUUAUAUAUAUACAGUAUCUCCAUACAUUAUGGUCUGAUGCCAGGCAUGUCAUUGUGGUGAAGAAUACUAAAUCCUACUCCUUUAGUUUUUCCAAUGUAAUUUAUUGAGUUUUUUAUCUUAAAAAUAGAAUCAGCCUUCAAAAAACACAAUAUGUGCAAUAUGGAUUAGGAAAUCACAUUCAACUGUUCAAUUAUAUUUUUUGUACAUUUUGCCAGGUAUGUCAUUCAGGUGAAAAAUACUACAUUUCUGUAUUUUGUUUUUUAAAUUUUAAUUUAUGUAAUUGCUCCGCCUCAAAAUAGCCUUACAAAAUACAACGUGUAAUAAGUUUGUAAUCGUAGAAUGUAAACUUGUCUUCAUGCCAUUAUAAACCUUUCGAAUUUCCAGAAAUAAUACAGAGGACAUGACCUCAGUGUCCUCAGUGAUAACGCCUCCUUUAUUGACAUUUAUAUUGUGCUCAAUUGAUGUAUAUUCCUAUAUAAAUCUGUUUAACUUGUUUACUUGAAGGUGACAAGUGAGCUGGUGGUAGCAGUGUUGGUGCAGAGUCUCAAUAGGGGCCCACAGCUCAGGGCCCCCAAGUAGGUUAAUGCAGCCAUGGCUGAAAGUAUGAUCUCAGUCACAGGGACUUUGUGGGGGGUAGAAACUGUGGAAAAAGGAAUCAAAUUUGGAUCCAGGUGCAGAGAGAGUUCUUGAAAAACCUUGUUGUUGUGGAAAAAGCGGCUCUACGGCUCCUCCAAGGUGAGGGGGGGAAAGUGUUUACCCAUCACUGCUGCAAUCUUCAUCGCUUUGUUUUAUGUUUUCACUCUCCUGUCGGCUUCCCUCUCUCCAUGUUAGCUCAUUACUCCUCCAGAUUCUGCUGAAACUCAAUGUGAGAGGGUCUCCUGGGUCCUCUUGUAUAUGAAGUAAAAAUAGAGGACAUAAUGUUUAUCCUGAUAUUACUUAACUCUGUGACACUGCAGCUUGGUGGAAUAUAUCAUUGUAGAUGUGGUGCAUGGAUAACUGCUGAAAAAGAACAAUAAACUUCAUCAAGCUAUUUGUGUCAGUGAGCUGGAUAAAUAAACAAAUAUAUGAAAAUGGAAAACAGACAAUUUUGGAUGAAGGGAAAUGUUAAAGAUUCAAAACUGUAUAAGAUGUUUAGUCUUUGACAUUAAUAACAAGUAAUGUAUGAAUCAAAUCUAGUGUAGGGCGUAACGCAGCCACUUUUAUUUAUCCUUAUAUCUCACUGUGUGUUGACUUUAUGCUGCACUGAAAAUUAAAACUGAUCUGCAAAAA